AUGCAGCACAUCCAUGGCAGUGGGCAUCUGCUGCGAAUUCUGCCUGCACUUUUUCUUCGGUAUACAUUGGGGUUUAUCGAAGUGCAGCACGACCAAGGCAGUGCACAGCGAAACAAAAGCCACGUAAACGACGCCAUGCUGAUGCGCCACAUCAUCGCAGUAUGUGUUCUCGUGAGCACGCUCGUGCUGCUUUGCAGUGGUGCGCUCUCGAUGCCCGUAAAACUGCAGACGUUAUCUCGCACCAGCGCCUAUAUUCGGCCCAAGUUUUCGAGCGAGGCGCUCCCGUUCCAUGAUAUUCGGGUGCAGUCGCGGCACGGUAAAGUCGAACAGGUCCACCUCAGCGUCCUGCGCUACGAUCGCGUGGUCAUCGGUUUUCUUCGCGAUAUUAACGAUUUACCGAAUACCGAGUUACCGAUGCAGGCCACGCUUCGCUACGGUACCAAUGCAUCGCAUCUUGAUCACGAAAUGGUUCUGAACGCCAGGGUCUAUUCCGGCAUGCAAGAGUACAACAGCUACUUGUGGAAUCCGCCGAUGGGCGCGCCCGCGUUGAACCGUUCCGAGGUAGCGGCAUUCAUGAAUACCGCCUCCUGGGCAGAACCUUGGUGGUACGUCUACCGAAACACCACUGUGGCAGACAUUCCGGAGAACCGCUCCGUCUUCGCGGUCUACAACAACCCGACAGCACUCUAUCAGUCGCCGCUGGUUUUCCAAGCGAAGCUCGAUAAUCUCCUCCCGCAAACGACGUACUACUACGACAUCGAUGGCGAAUUCUCGGGUAACUUUACAACCUUGCCGGAGCCGGGUAUCCAGGACCGUCCUAUGACCAUUGGACUCUGGGCCGAUGUCGGGCAGACCAACAUCAGCGUCAUGAACAUGGAGUACAUGUUGAACAAGGUGAACCCCGAUUUCGUGAUGCUGCACGGCGAUCUCUCGUAUGCAGACGCAUACUGGCCACUGUGGGAUACCUGGCAGCGGCUCAUGGAGCCGCUGUUCUCUACGAAGAUGCACCUGUGGUGCAAUGGGAACCAUGAAUUCAACUCCGGCAACGAGAACAAUGUCGCGUACAUGUUCCGUUUCGCGACGCCCUUCGAAGAGUCCGAGUCCCCGACCUUCGAAUACCACGCCUUUGAGGCUGGUUUGGUGCAUGUGAUCACGCUGGCCUCCUUUGCUCGUUUCGAUAAGCAGAGCGUUCAGUACCGUUGGCUAAUGCGUGCGCUCGAGCGUGUCAACCGAACACGCACGCCUUGGCUGGUGGUGCAGUUCCACGUACCCUGGUACUGCUCCGUACUCGGGACUGGUUCGCGCCUGCUGAUGCGUGAGGCCAUGGAGGACCUCAUCUAUAAGUAUGGUGUGGAUUUGAUACUUGUGGGGCACGUCCACGUCUACGAGCGCACCUAUCCGGUGUACAACAAUCAGACCAACCCGUGCGGCGCAGUGCAGCUGGUACUCGGUGAUGCCGGCAACCGCGAAGGUCCAUCGCUGCCGUUCAUCGACCCGCAACCAUCUUGGUCGGCCUUCCGCGAGGGCUCAUUCGGUGUCGGAAAACUGGUUGUCUACAACCAUACCCAUGCGUACUUCGAAUGGAACCGCGUCGCGUGCGAGUACUCGAACUCGAGCACCUGUGCAACGCCCGGCGAUAACUCCGCUCAGUCGCAUAUCGCUUCCGACAGCACCUGGCUCGUUCGGAAUACGACGCAGUGCCCGAACCGUCUCAUGCCAACAGAGCGUCUGUAG